AUGAACGCAGCUACACCAACAGUCGCCUACCUUGGACCCUCCGGUACCUACUCGCAUCAGGCGGCCUAUGAGAGAUUCGGCCCUAAUGUGGCGUAUGUUGAACAGAGAACCAUAGCCGAUGUAUUCAAUGCGGUCGCUUCUACGGGUGCGAUCGGUGUUGUGCCACAAGAAAAUACGAUCUUCGGGGCUGUCGUUGAGACGUAUGAUGCGCUCGCAGCUCGAGCGGACCGGGUUUUCGUGCGGGGUACCGUAACGCUAGCCGUACAGCACUGUCUACUCGCGAAAACUGGUACGCAGCUCGAGGAUAUCGACACCGUUGUCAGCCACGAACAGGCACUUGGCCAAUGUCGAGAGUUUUUGCGAACACAUCUCCCGAAAGCACGGCUCGUUGGCGCUCCUUCGACAGCAGCUGCGGCUCGCGAUGUUCUCGCAGGCCCGUCAACCUCCGCCGCUAUCGGCUCGAAGUUAUGUGCAAUAACUUUUCCGGGACUUUCUGUAUUGCGCCAAAGCAUACAGGCCGAAUCGAAUAAUUUCACGCGGUUUUAUACUAUCACAAAAGAGCCAGAUACACCAUUACCAGACGGCCAACGAGAACAGCACGACGGCAGCUAUGCACUCAUGACAAUCACGCCUGGGCCAGGGCAGAGGAUAUCGUCGGUCCUUCAUGCCCUCUCCCUGGAUGUUAUCCGCAUGGACAGGCGACCCGCACCCAAUGCGCUACCUUUCCAGGACACAUACCUUCUUGAAGUCGUGGGUGCUGGACCGGCUGAGUGGAGAACACACUUGGAUCAAGCUUUGGAUCGUGUGCGGACGUCGGGGGCGACUGCGAGCCUCAUGGGCAUAUGGUGA